AUGUCGCUCUCAAAAUAUUUACUUGCAGGUGCUGGACUCGCAAUCGGUACUCUCAACCUGAUCUUUGAUUAAUAAAUUAAUUUAGUUGGAGUUGGCGCUUAUUUCCUAUCUAAGGAUGACUCAGAAGAGAAAUUUGAUCCAAAAGUGCACACAGCAGAAAAACUUUAUGAAAUAAUGGAGGAUUUAUAUUUAGAUUAUGCCAAUGGCUAUCUCUACUAUCACAGAAAUAAUGAGACUUUUAAGAAUUAAGGCAAGAUCAAUGAUCAAAUAUAUGAGCAGACUAAGAAAACAAUUGAUGAGUACACUGACUCUAGAGAUGAAAUUAUUGCCAAGAAAAAUAACAUCAGCACUUAGAUGCUGGAGCUUUGGAUAAAAAAAUAUCAGGCUGAUCCAAAAGUCAAAAAGAUUUAGCAAGAUAUACAAAACUUGUAUGAUUAAGUUACUGUUAAGCAUCACGUUGAUCCAAUCCAUAACAAAAUUCAUCCUGAGCUAUCGAAAUGGACAUACGUAAAGCUGACUAGAAGAAUACUGGCUUGUGUUAGACAUGCUGCCUAUCCUAGAUUCCAAGAAGCUCUUAAAGCAAAAGCUCUCACUUAGAACGACUAAACUUAAAUUCUAACUGAAAUCUCAGAUAACUACCAAGAAAUAUUCAGAGGGAAAGUAUUCGAGCUUUUCAAUAUUCCAGUAGAACCAGGCCAAACUGCCAAGAGGAUGAUGCAAAGAGCUUACCUAACUUACUCAACUGUUGGUGAUCCAAUUAAGGAUUGUGGUGAAUGGCAAGGUCUUGUUGCUCAAGAAUUCUAAAUUCAUAACCAAAUCAUUGAAAAACUUUCAAAGGGAGAGAGAGUAAAGGAUAUCGAAGUUGAUCCCUUGUCAAUAACUGAUUUGAACAUAACCUAUGCUAACUAUGGUCAAUCAAUUGCCACUUUGGAGAAAGCCUCAAAUAACAGUGGCAAGGAAAGCCUAUCACUUAAACCUUCAGAAGAGGGUAUUAAUGAUAUUAACAACAAGAUCGCUUCUUUCUUAGCCAAUAAGGUACAAGCAUAAAUUCAAGAAGCAGAGGAAAAGAAGGAAGAAGACUCUGUUGAGAAUGAAUAAGAAGCUCAUCACUUAGAAGAAGCUAAGUAGAAUGUUGAAGUAGUCCAUAAAGAUGAUAGUCAUUCUGACAUUAAACAAAAUGAGUCUCACAAAGAAGAGCACAAUGGCGAGAAUAAGGCUCAUGAAGAACAUAAAGAUGAAGCUCAUCACAAAGAUCAUAAAAUUGAAGCUGAGUAAGAGGCAUCAGAUAAGCCAAGCAAUAUAGAAAAGAAAUAAGAAUCACCAGCAAAAGAAUAAUAAGUUGCUGAUAAAAAGGAGAGCAGUCCAAUUAAACAACAAGAGCAAGUUUAAGACUAAUAGAAGUAAUGA